AUGCAUGCGAUUCUCUCUCUCGGUGCAACUCACUACGCAUUGAUCGCACCUCGCGGAUCUCAAUACACCCCAAUGGCCAUCGCUCAUCGCGGAAAGGCCCUCCAGCUGCUCAGCACAGCGCUAUCCAACGGAGACAGCUGCACGAAUACCGAGAUGGAUGGUAUACUAGCUACAUGCUACACGCUUGUAUUUCAAGCAUACUACAUGAGUGACGGUCUCGUAGAUUUCGCCAUCAUGGUUCGGGGAUGUGCCACGGUGACGAACCAAAUCCGGGCGCGAUAUAAUAAGAGCCGAAUGUUCGCUCUACAAUCACAAGAGGAGGUUUCGGCUAUGGUCGGUACAUGGCUACCUACCGAGCCUUUGUCGAUUGAAAAUACCCUCGUAUCUUGCGUCGAGGAUCUAGAAGAACUAAGACCCCUCCUUCAGAGCCCGGCCCAUCAUGCUUUCUUUCAGGUAAUUCGCAAAACGUACAUCGCGCUUCAGUACUCGCCUCAGGAAGCUUUCUUUGGUUUGACAGAAAUUUAUGCCGUUUGGUAUGACAUGAAGAACCUUGAGUUCAUGGCUUUUAUUCGCCCGGGCAAUCACGUCUCCUAUGCUUUGUUCAUGCAUUAUAUCGCCGUCGAGAUCCUGAUGCUACCGCUUCUUGUCUAUACCGGUCGAGGUCGUGAUAUGAGUUAUCCUUUUGGUACGGUACUUUUGCAUCAAUGGGCAGAUGCGAUCUACCAUAAGCUGCCGGUAUCGAUGCGUCGGUUGGUGAAAGGACAGGCUGAAUUGAUUGCUUCAGAUAGAGAUAGCGUGGGUGGGUUUUCCCGGAGGUUAAGUAGAUGA